AUGUGUCUAUUAGUGUCUGCAUUUACAACCGAUUUUUUAUUCGUCAUUGACCCUGACUCAAUAUAUGUUGUUGUACCAGUUUGUCAUCAUUGCACUACACCAGGAGAAAAGAAUACAGACUUAGAUCAUAAAAUAUCGCCGACGUGUGAACCUCUGGCUGUAGGGUUUUGCUUGAAUCGGACAACAUAUAGGUCAACAUAUUUACCAAACUUUCUGGGUCAUCGUAGCCAGAACGAAGCCAUGUCCUACAGUUAUAGCAUCAGUGAACUGUCACAGAACAAGUGUUAUGAUUAUGCUACGGAUUUCUGGUGCACAAUACUAGCCCCGGAAUGUGUGAAUGGUGCUGCCAUUCCACCCUGUCGUUCUUUCUGUGAAGUGGUUCGUGAAAAAUGCCAGAAAGAUCUUUUUGGCAAUGAUUCUUGGCCGAUCAAUUGCUCCAGUCUCCCAGAAUCGACCGAAUCCAAUGUGUGCCGACCAAACCCUUACAAACCCGGAGCCUGCCAGAAAAUCCAAGGGGAUGUCUGUGAAGACGUUGGUUAUAGUUACACCAGCUUUCCCAAUUUAAAUGGAGACAUUUCUGAAGAAGCGACUAAUAAGACUUUAAAAGUAUUCGGCAUGAUCCAAACGUAUACACACUGCUAUAGUCACGUGUUACUUAUCGGUUGUACCAUUUAUUUACCGAAAUGUAAUUGGAAUGGAACCGUGCCUCAUCAUAUCAUUCCACCGUGUCGGAGUCUAUGUCAAGCAUUUAAAGAACGUUGCCAAGUGUUUGUCGAGAUAUAUCGAUAUCGUUGGCCGAAAUAUUUGAAUUGUUCACAGCUUCCUGAUGUGGACGACGAAAAUGUUUGCAUUGGUUAUAAACAGGCCCACGAACCUCCCGACCUGCAAGUCUGCAAAAAGGGACAGUUUAUGUGUGACAACAACACGUGCCUUGACCACUCGUGGAUGUGUGAUGGCUAUCAAGAUUGCAAGGACAAUACGGACGAGACUACUGCUUGCGCCAUUAAACACUUCCCUUCUUUCUUUCUUUCUUUCUUUCUUUCUUUCUACUUUUACUUUAUUCUUCUGCUCUUUCUUUCUCUCAACUCUUUCUUUCUUAACAUAUCAACAUUCUUUCUUUCUUUCUUUCUUUCUUUCUUUCUUUCUUUCUUUCUUUCUUUCUUUCUUCAUUUCACCGAAAUCAAGUAUUGGCAGGAGAGGUUAAACACUUCUAUCUCCCUUUCUUUCUUUCUUUCUUUCUUUCUUUCUUUCUUUCUUUUUCUUUUUUCUUUCUCUCUCUUUCUUUCUUUCAUUUAUUUUUUCUUUCUUUCUUUCAUUCAUUCAUUUAUACUUUCUUUCAUUCAUUCAUUUUUCUUUCUUUUCUUUCAUUCAUUUUUUCUUUCUUUCCUUUCAUUCAUUUAUUCUUUCUUUCUUUCAUUCGUUUAUUUAUUCUUUCUUUCUUUCAUUCAUUCAUUCAUUCAUUUAUUCUUUCUUUCAUUCUUUCAUUCAUUCAUUUUUUUCUUUCUUUCCUUUCAUUCAUUUUUUCUUUCUUUCAUUCGUUCAUUUAUUCUUUCUUUCUUUCAUUCAUUUAUUCUUUCUUUCAUUCAUUUAUUCAUUCUUUUUUAUUUAUUUCUUUCUUUGAUUUAUUUAUUUAUUUAUUUCAUUUAUUCUUUCUUUCAUUCAUUCUUUCUUUCUUUCAUUCAUUCAUUUAUUCUUUCUCUUUUCUUUUUUUCAUUUAUUCUUUUCUUUCUUUCUGUCAUUCAUUCAUUUAUUCUUUCUUUCAUUCAUUCAUUUAUUCUUUCUUUCUUUCAUUCAUUUAUUCUUUUUUCUUUCUUUCAUUCAUUUAUUCUUUCAUUCUUUCUUUCCUUCACUCAUUUAUUCUUUCCUUCUUUCUUUAUUUCUUUCUUUCUUUCUUUCUUUCUUUCUUUCUUUCUUUCUCACAGAAACCAAGUAGUAUCCUCCUGCCAGCCAGAUGAGUUCAAAUGUCAACCAAUGUCAAGUCAGUGCAUUCGUUUAGAAAAAGUCUGCGAUGGUGUUGUGGAUUGUUACGAGGGCGUCGACGAAGUGAAUUGUGGUAAGUGA